AAGAAGUUUAAGAAACGUUUUAUUGUGAAUCGAAAGUAAAAACACCGACACGGUGACGCGGGACUGUAGAGGAACUAAAUACACGUGACUCGUGUUUCCGCUCCGGACCGUAAUACUGACGGACUUGAGGACACAGCAUGGCGGCGAUAUUUGGUUUAUUUUUCCGCCAACAACAUGAGGGGUAAUUAGGGGGGGUAAUUAAACAUGUGGGUCACUAGACGGCUGCUGACAUCCGCCGUCCUCACAGGACACUUUGGGCUGCUGAAUCGCCGCCUGAAGCCACCGCCGGAUUUCUGGCCACGCUUCCUGCAGUGCACCUACUGCUGGAGGACUCGAGUCCCUGCUACAGACCUGAACCUGAACCUUCUGCAUCCUGAACUUUCAGACCCUCGGUGCAGACACCGUGAUGAUGUGAGUGAUGCCACACUGGACUCUCUGUACACUUCGGAUCAGAGAGACACCAUCCUGCAGCUCCUCAAUACAGGCUCAGAGUCUGAGCUCGCCGCCGUCAAAAUGCUCCGGGGACGAAAAUCGGCCAACAUCAUCGAGUACCGGAUCAGGAACGGACCCUUUAAGGACCUGGAGAGCGUCGUGAACGUGCCACUGUUAAAGCACAAGAGCGCCGUCGUGGCGUUUAACUCCAUCCUCUAUCCUAGAGAGAAGAAGGAGAAGAGGAAGGGGAGGAUUCAUCUUGCCAAGUUCAUCAGGCCUGAAGUGGACAAAGCGCUGUUAGAAGAUGCCACGUCCAUCGUGUCCAUCGUGUGUGGGACGAACCGAAUAGCGUGGACACACAUGGACCGGGCGAUGACGGUGUUAGAGUGGCAGCAGGAGGAAUGUCCCAGCUUCAUGAAGGGCACCUACAUGGCAUCUGGUUACCUGGAAGAUAUUUGUUGCGUGGUGUCGAAGCUUCCUGUGGCGGAUUUCUACGUGGUGGAGAAGCCGAGCGUGUCGUUGCAGAACACGGCGCUGUUCCCUGUCAUGGUUCACCUGCGCACGGUGGAGGCCAUGCUGUUCGCUCUGCUCAGUGCCAGGAGAGACGUCGGGGCGCCGCCUAACGUCCUCAACAUGAUGCGCACGGCCGUCGGACGACACUUUGGAUUGAUCAUCGGCGAGAGUCGCACAAGUGGCGCCGAGGUCGUGAGGAAGAUGAUGUCAGAUUCGGCGAUGAAGAAGAUACCACGUGUGAUCUUCCCGAACGAGCUGCUGGUGCGAUACAGUGGAGCAUUUCACUUCAGCAGCAGGAACAAAGGACAGGAGAUGUGUGACGCUCUGCUGCAGGCCGUCGCCUUCUAUGAACUGCUCACAGCCUCACACUGAGCUACACUGUGUGUGUGUGUGAGAGAGAGAGAGAGUGUGAGAGAGAGCACGAGUGUGUGUGAGAGAGAGAGAGAGGGAGAGAGAGUGUGUGUGAGAGAGAGAGUGUGUGUGUGAGAGAGAGAGAGAGAGAGAGUGUGAGUGUGUGUGAGAGAGAGAGGGAGAGUGUGAGUGUGUGUGAGAGAGAGAGGGAGAGUGUGAGUGUGUGUGAGAGAGAGAGGGAGAGAGAGUGUGUGUGUGAGAGAGAGAGAGUGUGUGUGUGUGUGUGUGAGAGAGAGAGAGAGAGUGUGAGUGUGUGUGUGUAAGAGAGAGAGUGUGUGUGUGUGAGAGAGAGAGGGAGAGAGAGUGUGUGUGAGAGAGAGAGAGAGAGAGUGUGUGUGUGUGUGUGUGUGUGUGUGUGAGAGAGAGAGAGAGAGCAGCACUUACUGUUCCACAGCAAACAACUUCCUACAUCUGUCUUUAUGACCUGAGACUCAGGACUUUAUUUCACUUCAUAAGCAAUGAUACUGGACUGAAACGGACGUUAGAUCAGGACACGGGGUGACGAUAUAUUCUCACUUUGGUGCUUUAUUAUUAUAAUAAAUAUUUUAUAGCACAUAAAUCAUUUAUUGUUGAGUACAACGAUUUCCAUGCGUUUUCAUUUAAAAGAUGAAUAAUAAAAGGACGUGGAGUUGUA